AUGGCGGGCAGUCUUCACGCCCAAAUCACCGAGUCGCUGACGCCUGGGCGCGUCUUCAGCUCCCUCUUCGUCGUCUUUGUUGGUUUGCUCAUCCUCGAUCAUACAUGGAAGCCCACAUACCCGGAGAACAUCCCCGUUGUGGGUUAUGGGAAGGGCACCGUCGCACGCUUCAAGAACUUCUACUACUACAUGUUUCGCUACCGAGACUGGGUUAUUGAGGGCUACAAGAAGUAUAACAAGCAGAACCGCGCAUUCGUAGUCCCCGCUGCCGCAAGCAGGGCGCCCGACAUCAUCCUCCCGCAGUCCCUCACGAAAUGGCUCCUCGAGUACCCUGACUCGGUCGUUUCCGCCCAUGAAGCGCAUAACGAUGUCCUCUACAGCGACUACAACUUCCUUGGAAAGGUUUACGCCGAUGAUGUAUGGCAUACUCUGGUAAUCCACAAGAGUCUGGCCCGCCACCUGAGCACACUGAUCCCCGCGAUUGAAGAAGAGGUCUCCGUCGCUGUCGACGAGGCCUUUGGCACGGAUACCGAGGACUGGAAGACCCUAAACCUGUGGGACGCUUGGCUGACGAUUGUGCCGCCCGUGACGAAUCGCAUGCUCGUGGGAGAGGGCGUAUGCCGCACCAAAGAGUUCUGCAAGGCUAUGGUUUCGUUCGUCGACCAGGUCAUUCUCAACUGUUUUGCGCUGCACAUGGUUCCCCAGACCAUCCUGCCCAUCCUCGGACCCUUGAUCGCAUUACCCAAUUGGUGGCUCUGGCGCAAAGCCUCGAAGCAUAGCUUACCAGUAAUCAGGAAACGACUCGACGACAUGGCAAAGCAGGAGGCAGGGGAUCCGGCCUACGAGAGCUGGGUUGCCCCCGAAGACUUCAUCACCUGGGAUAUCCGCAUGGCAAAGGCUGAGAAGAAGUUCUUCGAACUUGAUCCCUACGUUAUUUCAAAGCGACUGUUGCCCAUCCAGUUCGCCGCGAUCCACACGACCGUCAUUACCGGCCAUAGCAUUGUCUUAGACUUGCUGAGCUCCGACCCGGCGAAGGGCUAUAUCGAGGGUAUCCGGGAAGAGGCAGAACGCGUUCUUCGCGAGGAGGGCGGCAGCUGGACAAAGAAUGGACUUUCGCGGCUGUAUCGCCUCGACAGCGCAAUCCGUGAGAGCCAGAGGCUCAGCAACUUUAGCUGUACCCUGAUGGAGCGCAAGGUCAUUGCCAAGGAGGGCAUCACCAACGAGCAGGAGGGGUGGCAUCUGCCGAGAGGCACGUUUCUCACCGUGAACCUCGAAGGCCUUCACCACGACGACGAACUGAACCCCAACGCUCGGGAGUACGACGCGUUCCGGACGAGCAGGAAGAGGGAAGAGUACGAGGCGAAACCGCAGUCAGAACGCAACUUGGACGAGGGGCUUAGGUUGAAGAACCUUGGCAUGGUCACAACGAGUGAUGCUCAUCUGCCAUUCGGACACGGACGACACGCUUGUCCUGGCCGCUUCUUCGUCGCCCACGAGCUGAAGAUGGUAGUUGCCAACUUGUUCCUGAACUACGACGUUAAGCCGCUGGCUGAGAGGCCCAAGCACCAGUGGGUCGGCGUCACUGUUGUUCCUCCUGUUGACGCAAAGAUCGAGCUGAAGCGCAGGAAAGGCAAUGUAUAG